GGCUUCACACAUUUGGCAGCUGCACACUACUUACCUUUGCUUUCCUUCUCAUCAGCUAAAUUAAGGCUUUCACACCCUAGCAAAAUUCCGUUCUUCCAAUGAUGAAAAGGUGGUUUUCUGGCGUAACAAAAGCUUCUUUCAGGUGUAAAGAGGCCGCUUCUUCGUGGGUUUUUGCAGCAAAGCUAGAGGGUUUUGGAACUGGACAUUUCAUUAGAUCAGUUCUGAAGAAUUCCGUCCUUGCUGCAUCUACUUGUAUUUUUGCACUAGGAGGGGCUCUAGUGGGAUCAAUCAUAGGAGCCAUGAAAGGUCAGACAACAGAAACUGGGUUUCUUCGUGGCUCUGGAGUAGGUGCUGUUGCAGGUGCCAUCACUGCAGUUCAAUUGCUAGAAUCAAUUACUAAUGGUGAACCAUUGUCCAAGGUUGCUCUCUUGCACAGCUUGUUGAAUGGGAAGGUAUUCAUGGAAUGGGUAGGUCCUGCAGUGCUAAAAGCCUAUCAAUGGCAAAUUACUGCAAUGGAAACAACUUACAGAGAAAUAUCAGACAUUUAUGACACAAGUGAAGUUAGAGGCUUGCCCGAGGAUUGUAUCAAAAAACUUCCUGAAUGCACAUUCAAAUCUGACGGUAACAUUGUUGAGCAAUGCUGCCCCGCCUUGAGUUGUGCUAUUUGCUUGCAGGAUUUCACGGAUGGAGAUUCAAUGAGAAAACUUCCCCACUGUGGACACUACUUUCAUCUGUCCUGCCUAGAUAAAUGGCUGGCUAGAAACGGGUCUUGCCCAAAUUGUAGAAAUUAUGUAUGUGAUGACAAUGAUGUAUAGUACUAGAUCACUUGUUUCCACUCACAAAUUAAUCAAAAAAGGAAAAAAAAAUAAGAAAAGAAAGGGGAGUUGGUUUUGGCCUUUCUGGGUUGCAAGA